AUGGAAGACGAGCUGGGCCCGCCGCCGCCUGUGCCACCUCUGUCUCCGCGACGCCAGCGAUUCUCCAUAGCCUCGUUGAGCGAGAUGACGCCUGCGAGCACUUCUAGCAUGCACGUAUCAUCCGACUCACAGCACGACUCGGGCAUCGACCUAAGCUUUCCUUCUGAAAGCCGAAAGAGCAGCGAGCCGCUCACGCCUGAUCAGCUCAUUACACAGCUCUAUCAGAGGGCCGACGGCCGCUCGAUCAUUCCGCAGGAAGUCGUGGACGGCAUUGCGUUCAAACUGAAAGAGCAGGCCUCCAGGACUUACGUGGAGCUCCACAACUUUGCUCGUCGCGAGAAUGUGGCCUACGAGAGUCUUCAGAACAUCAUCGGGGCGUAUGCUGGAAAGGACUGGCCGCGGGUGAUCAUUGACGUGGAUCAUCAAUCCUAUCUUUGCAGCGAUGCCUUCACCGAGGGGAUCAAGUCGAGAAUCUCCGAAGCUGUCACUGCCGCCGGUCCAAAUAUGUCUGAUUUGACCGGCGCAGUCGGCCACACAAUCCCUUCACACCUUGUCUUCGCCCUGGCAACCGAGGCCGUUCCUCACACGCAGGGAGAGAUCCAAUUUAUCGGCGACCAUGUUGUCUAUCUUCAUUCAUGCGAGUCCUGUAGAGCCAAGAAGCAGCAGCAAGAGGCUCGCACGCAACAAACAGCAGAGCUUAUGCAGCAAGUCGACCGGCACGGAUUCUGUGUUCUGCCCGACCCAGCAGAUGAGAAUGAAGACGACGACAGCCUCAUUCGAGCAGUGAUCUGGGACUACCAGGAAUGCAAUCCCGGUCGAGGUCUCAUGCAUGUCACUGGGCAAGACGAUGAGACGAAGCGCACUGGGCGCAAGUGCAGGUUAUUGGUAGAGCCGUCGAUCCUCCACGAAGAACUCGACGUCCUGAAGCGGGCCAUGGCCACCCGAACAGAAAUAAUGUGGCGAAAGGACGCAAGCUCAACACACUAUUUCAACAUCAUAUCUGCUCUGGAGCCCUCAGACUUUGCUGUCCGCCCAAGGAGCCAACUCGCCGCCGUCCUGAUGCACAGCGACUAUGCCGAGGACCUUGAACGUGCAGCCCAGCAACACAUUAUCGCGCUCGACAAAGACCAACACGACAUCUUUGUCAAUCUCGUCGAAGGCCAGCUAUGGUGCCCGCUGCAUCUAUACGCGGCUGGCAUCAUCGCUACCCAAGACACCCUCCUACGGCAGGACCUCGAAGCCAUCAUUGUCAACCACUUCCAGAAACAAGUCAUCCCGGCAACCUUGGACGCCGUGCACGCGCAGAAGCUGAGGUACAAUCCGAACAGGAAAGAAGCCCUCAACAUCCUCGAAGAAGCUCGUGAUGGCCUGCAAACCUUCACACAACUGCAAGACACCAUCAUCCAAAUCGGCGACUGCCUACAGAUCGAUCCGCCGAGCGAGGGUCUAGUACUGGAUUUCAAGCACCGAGCACUACAGAGGACCGCCGAGGCCAUGCAGUAUCUGACGAACGCCGUCGAGAUUCUUCAAAAUCUGCUCUGGGUCUUGCUCGCGACUUCUGGGCCUGGCUUGUUCAUCAGUUCCGUCAAAUAUACCAGCCGCAUGAUUCAUCGAUAUGACGCCAUUGGCGAUCCGGAGAUCACGGGGUUGUUGAACCUAUGGUGGGAGAAGGUGAAGAGCGGAGGGCAUGACAGAGAAGAUCUGAGGCAGAUGAAGGAGUUGGGACGGGAGGCGAUCAACAUGUGGAUGGGCAACUGA